AUGUCUGUUAAAAAGAAUGAGGAGGAUGCGGGUGAGGACCCUACGGCAAUGUCUGGCAGCGAAGUUUUUCUGUGACUGCCACAGAUAUUUCAGCUGUCCUUGUGCUUGAAAAUGUGCAAAAUGAUGCCGUCGUUGAAAUCCCGAGUAGUUGUCCUUUCUGCCAUUUCUCCUGCAACACACACCCACAAACACGCACUUUCAUGGACCACUGUCACUAUCUUGCUGCAGCUCAUCUUUCAAGGACUGCGUGAGCAACAUAUUUUUUUAAACAUUUGCUGCAUAUCCGCUGUGUCGUUGUAUUGCCGGUUAAGUUUGCGCAUUUGGAAUGCUUUCUUGUUGAAUAUUAUACCCUCUCUUACAGUUUGAGAGCGCAUCGUUUCGUGUGAUGAUUCGCCUUCUGGCCCUGAUCUGAGAAUGAGCGAAACCGAAUCAUGUAUCGACAGCGGACUAUGUUUGAGCGCUCGAUGACGGACCAAAAUCAGACUGAAAUUAGGAAGGCGUCAGCUCUUGGGCUUGAGAAAGGCGGCUGAUGUCAGAAAAUAAAUCAGAUAUAGCCAUUCAAGUGCCCUAUAUCUUUUCUAAUAACUCCUCGAACGUAUCUUGUGUAGCCUUUCAGUACGACAUUUUCGGUAAAAAACUUGCCACCAUGGCUCCUGUUCGGUCUUGAGAAAAAACCACCUAAUCUGAUAAAUUAUCAUCUCAUUUAAACUACACGCAUAAUGAAAGAUUACCCUAAAAGUGCUAUUUGUCCAGGCACCUUUAUAAGCCGAUUCUCCGCGCAAGGCAGAAAACCUUAUAUCGAAUUACAAAACGGAGACGCUAUUUACAUAAUUUGUCCAGGCAUUUGGUUAACUUUUUAAGUGAUUAGGACGUCAUCUCCCCGUCUGAUGGUUGAAAGUAGUCCAAAACACAGCUGUUCUUCUUAAGAAAUCGAAUAUCUGAUAGCGAACUCUAACUGAUAUAACAUGAGAACCUCUUAUAUCAGCGUUAUCCGAAGGACUGUUCAUAUGCCUAGUUAAGAUGUUUUCCUCAAAGAGGCGUAUUUUCGUGUCUCAGUUUCGGAAGGACCUGGAGAUUCCACGAGUGGCGGAUAUCUGGAAGGAAUUCAGAUACAACCAUGGGCGGGAUAAGGAGACCCUUGGGUGUGUUAAAAAACCUACUGUGCGACUAUGAAAUUCUGCUCUCGGGCCUGAUCCACAGACUUCGCUGUACAGAGAUGUAGAGCUGGAUGAAAUCACCCGUAUUAUCUAAUAAAACGCCAUGUUCUCACCUCCGCCUUUUAAUUAGGUUCUUCUGUCAGAGUGUCAGAUGUAAUCCAAAGUUAUUUUAUCUGUCUUCAGACAUGCAACUGUGAUUAAAGCUCCUGAUAAAUCCAUUAAAGACUAUGAUAUUUCAAAAUCCCCAUUCAUCAAGGAAAGCAAGGUCAGCCGUCGUACGAAUCAUUAGAACGUAUGCGGAAAAACUUUUAACUGCGUGUUACUCCCACUACUAGGCAGUUAAAACUGCCGGAAAAUCCACUGAUCUUGUUGUUUAUUGAUGUAAGAUAAUAUGGCAUAUUAACUUUAUUUUGUUUAAAUAUUCUUUGCUCUAUGCCUCAGUGAUUUUGGAACUUUCUCCAAUGCUUCGGUGAGAGUUUAAAAGUUCCCGUGCACAGUUUCCCAUUUCUCUGAUCAUUUGUCGUCAUCUGCAUCAUAUUAUCGGCUCUAGUUUGCUUUCUCUUUCUUUGCAUCGAAUUGGAACCUGACCUAUGCCAAUAACCCAAUUAGCGUACACUUCUUCAUUCCGGGGCAGUGACCAUGGGCCACAUCCUGUUGAAAUGUGCAAGCAAAUUAGUUCUCUAUAAAAUCUGUGGUAGUUGUACAUUUAUUUAUGAACUAGUAGAUAACGUUACUGAAUGAUCAGAUUGGUCAAACAAUGCGAUUAUGACUGCAAUUUGGCAAGCAGCAUACGAAACUGCUUCUGUUUCGUCAAAUUGAAAAUGCGGAAUUUUAUGAGAGCCCGUUGACCUGAAUUAGCGUUUUAAACGUUUCAGCUGAAUGAAGACAGGAACAGCCAGUGCUCAUAAGCAUCGCAUAUAUCUUUCAGAAAAUCAACGCCCAUUGAUUUACCUGCAUGUUCAAAUGGAAGAUAACCCGCCAUGCUAUUUACUUGCAUUUUUUGAUCGGAGUUUUAUCGUUAUACUAUGCCUAAAUACAUUGUGUUUGGGAAAAAAUCCUUCGGAAUGAAGGUGGAAAGUAUUUUGUGGAGGAAACGGACGAGGUCACAAAGGUUAUAUAACUACAAGAAUGUCGACGUUGACCUCUGGCUUGUUAGUAGCAUAUUCCAGUGGUGAUUGACGUACUUUUUGAAAGCAGACAACUGAAUUUUCAUUUCAAAUAUGUAUAAAUCAACGAUACAGAACAUCGACUCGGACCUCUUUAAUAAUGCCAAUUCCUAGAGUGAGUCCUAAAUAAAUUAGCUAUGGUCCUAUUUCUGAAAAGAUAUAGGGCUUUGAUUCCAGCUUUGAACUCAAUAUGACCCACGUGAUUGGUUUUGUUUUAAUAUUUCAAAAUUUGAAUUGGUACUUACGCGGUAUUUUGGUUUGAAUUUUUCGUUAGGCCGGUGCUCCUCCUGCACGUUAGUUCAGUUCAGUUUAUUGAGGGAAAUAGUCGUAAGCCUUUGAGUACCCUAUUUGCAACGUAAACAAUGUGUGGUAUAAAAAAAUGCUCUGGGCCAAAAUAGUUUAAGCGAGCCCAUAAUGGUAGGACAAAAUGGGAACGUGUUAAUUGUAUGAUUAGCCCAUAAUCUGCAUAAUAGCAAUUAUCGUUAUGAUCACCUUCAUUUGUGACCGCAGCUGUGUGCUCAUAACUGGGGCUAAACUUUGUUGGAGUAAUUGCUAACCGAAAAUAGCAGCCUUAACGGUCCUCUUUUUUCGUUCACAGUGAACACAAUAGUAUUUAGGUAUUCAGUUGAAUUACGUCAGUAAAUUAGUAAAACAGACCCUGGCAGCCCAGAUGUUUGGUCUAGAAGUGGACCUUUUCUCCAGAAAAUUCGCUUAUGGCGAACUAUUGUUUCGGUGUUCCUCGUGUGCCUGCAAUUUUCCGGCCUUCAUUAAUUCCAAUUCGCAUAUUUUUAUUGAUCAUGGCUAUCUUAAGUACUGUACUUUGUGGAGCUUUGAUAUUGCUUCAUGCCAUGUGAUGUCGCGCAAGUGCCGAAGCUCAUGCUAAGUUCAUUCCUUGCUUGUGUUCGAUUGCGAGGACGUAUCGGAAAAUGUUGAUUGACGGAAACAGUCCCCGGUAUUAUCUGUAUUCCUUACUUAUGGCUUCUUCUCACGCUCUUCACACGGAAGUCGCUUUUGCGGCUUUAACGACAAAUGUUCAUGACGGCCAAUCCUAUGGACAUCUUGGGAACACAGGAUGCUUUCACACCAUUUACGCGAGUUCCUCAGCACAUGACCCUGACGUCUCCUUUAUUAUUUAGAACAGCCUUCUGUAGCAGUAUGGUUUUAUAAAAUCUGUGUCGGGCCUGAAUUCGUCACCCGCACCAUGCAACACUAUCAGUAAAACCAGAUCUGCGCAGAUCUUGUUUUACUGACCGUGGUGCUUGAGCCUCAAGCAUGGCAAGAGCACCUUUCUAGCUCAUUUCAUAAUUUGGGUCUUUGGGAUCCAUUUCUCCCCUGCUUUUUCUUGUUACUUCUCCAAAUAAAGAUCGAGUGACCGUAGUUAAGUUCACUUGACUGCAUCUGCCAGGUCGUUCGAGUUUUGCUGAUGAAAAGUCGGCAAGCCAAUCUACAAACUUAUUAAACUCAAUGGAGUAGGAAGGGGGAAGUUAGCAGCUAGCAAUCUUUGGCGUCCUUGCCGGUCGCAAGGACCCUUGCGGCCUAAAUUAUCGCAAGAGUUGAAGGCUUUGUGAGCCCCCAGUUGACCGAAUUAUGGUUCUCAGGUCCGUAGUAUUUUAACCGACGCAAUGACUCCCCCAUAUUAGAUGCUGACAUGAAUGUAAAUGCCCGUAAUAGUACUGCCCAGGUGUAAUAAUUGGCCGCACUUUGAGUCCGUGAGUAAACACCGAUUCCAAUGGUAGUAUUAGACAGCAAAGUCGCUGAGUAGGUUUUACGCCAAUAACCAACACCGAUAAAAUUUCGACAGUUAACGCCUCGCGUGCGUACGAGCGAGAAAUCGUCACACCGAUUAAACCGUAGGUGAAGAAUGCGGGGGUACUAUUACGGAAAUUUACAUUCAUGUCAACUGCAUUCCGCUAAUACUACACCGUUUGUCCAUGCCCCACCCUUAUCUGUAAUUGUCUCGGGUGGUGGGUUCGAAUACGGAUCUGGAAUGCCCCAUAUCUUUCUCAACUGUUUCUUGGAUCUAGCUAUUUCGCCUAUACCACAAAUCAAACCAUUUCUUUUGUUAGUAUUCUUGCCAUUUCUUCGUAGGACGUAGGUAAAAACUGUUGGCAGCGCUAUAAUCUACUCUUUAGCAAAAAUGUUCACUUCUUCGUCUUUUUCUCUAAUGGUUCACCUCAUUUUCGCCUCCAAAUUCUUCACCGACAUUGCUUUGAACAUCACUAUCCAUCCUAAGUGCAAGGUCACAUUCAAAAAAAAUCAAAUUUGGCUUAAAUUUACACCGAUUUUGCUUCACAAUCCACGUUACAGUGAGACCGAAGAACUCCCAUGUUUUUAAUGCCUAUUGAAGUCGGGUCGACUGCUUUUUCAUGAGCACCGCGUUACAAUGUCUCAGUCCUCCGAGUUCGUUGAGUAGCCAAGUUGGGCAUGCAAGAACACGGCUGAAAAACGUUUGGAUGACGGAAAGUCCGGAAUCUUUUGUCGAAUCUAUCGGUUAGGUCAGUGAACAUGAGAAGGCGAAGUCACAUCGGUUCUCCCGGUGUAAUCUAGUUCAAAGAGGUUAAGGCCAGCAGUUCUGUUUAUUUUCCUAAAUUCCAUUAUAAAUCCUCCAAUCAUUACCUUCUGAUUAUGAUCUCAUUUCAGUAUUUGAUUUAAAACGUAAGCUGCUAGACUAACCAGGGAGGUGAUCUUGUAAAUUUAGCCAAAAAUUCUUUUACCAAAGGGUGUCGCUUUUUAUGACCAGGUCUUGGAAUAUAGGAGUGGAAGAAAUGGACAGCUCCCAGAUGAUUGCAAUUUUCGAAGAAUGCCAGGAGACUUCUCUAUCGCACGAUCGUCUGUGCAGUACACUAAUGAAUCUCUACCAACAGGUACGUCCUUUAGCACACACAAAGUAAAAGUUAUUAUCUGGUACUACAUCUUGUUGGCGUGGCUACCGAAGCCGUAAAUAAAUGCGAUAGCCGAAAGUUAAAAUGGCCGUGACUUGGCAUAUUUCGAUUUCGUCUGUACUUCUUUUUCUCAUCGGUCUUCACUGUUCCUGCGCCGAUUUGAGCGUAGUAAGGAAUGUAGCGGCUUGCCGUCUGCUUAUUUGAUGGUAUGUUUGGUCGGACGAUUUAGGCGCUCAGGAGACGUUGCAACUUAUAGAACAACAUUUGUCAGUGACACGGUGGUACAGCUGCAGCAGGCUUGGUGAAACACUGAGUACCACCAUCACACCGUCUAGCUCUGUGUCUAUCCACUUUGAGUGGAAUGGAGCGUUGGGGCAAAAUCGGAAAAACAGACUGCCACCGGUUGCUGGUAGUUCUGGCUGAAUUGGAGAAUGUGCUGCAGCGUGAGUAUUUGAUCGAAGCAUCCAUGUCUACCUCGGACCCAGGUUUGCUGGGAUCACGUUUUAGAGUCACACGUACUUUGAUACCGCAUGAUAAGAAUUAUAACAAAGGUCUUUACAGCAAUGUAAGACUAAUACCAUGAAGGAGCACUCGGAUCAUUCAUCGGCCGUGCUGAACGGAACGAGAACCGAGUCUCAGUCAAGAGGUAUCAAAUCUUCAUGCUUGUUCAAUAGCCACCUUGUACCAGGACCACAGUUUAGACUUAAGGCUAGGAUGCCGUCGCCUCCGGCCUCCUUCGUUCGCAUCCACAGAAUUACACUAGUUCUUUCUUCCUGGAAGUAAGAGUUAUUCAGAGCGCACAACUGCAAACAAAUAGUUCAAUCUGUAGCAGCUCCUUUGGUCGUAAGAUAUUUUCGGUCUUUCCUCCAUUCAUUUGACUGUGUAAGUUGUGACCAAGAUUAGUGUCGAAGAUAUGAUUGGCAGAUGGGAACACUGACCGCUGUCCUUCCAUAGCCACAAAAGGCCCAUGCCAUAACUUUUGGGAGCUGAGAUAGGACCCCGCCACUAUCAUUUUUGGCGUCUGAAGUAACUUCGAUUCAUUGGGGUUUUCUUGCUCACAUUGCAAAUUGUGCAACGACAAGUGGCAGCUGAAGAGUUGUAACGAAAUCUCUGACAUUAAGUUCUGUUUUCACUGACGUUUGCGCCAUCCUCAAGUGUAUCUUCGCAAAGCUUUAGUGAUCCAUUUUUUGUAACAGCAUACCCUUUCCAAACGAUUUGUUUUCAGUGUCCUCUGACUGACUACCCAUCUUUCCUCGCCUUUCUGGGAUGGGACAUCCUUAUAACUGACAUGCAUCGUACGCAAGCCUAACACAUCUAGGAGUAUCAAACCAAAUAUGUAUUUCCACCAGCAUCUCAAACUGUCUUUAGUUUAUGUUUUUUUAUGCCAAAAUACGCUCUUAAAACAAAUAUCAGAAACGUGAAGCUUCCUGCAGGAGUGCCGUAGGAAAUUAGCUUCUCUCAGACUUAGCUAUGAAAAGAAACUCACGUCUUUAAAGUUCGGGGUAUAAGUGUGAAGCAGGUAUGAUGUUUUCGUAGCGCCUUCUGGUCGACAAAAUUGGAACAGGGGACUUCGUAGGAUCCCGCAUGUAAACCAGCACGCCGCAGUCUAUGCAAGCUUAUCGCUUUUUCGGUUAUUCAUAAGUAGUCAUUCUUACAAAAACACGCAUAUUUAAAGCCGCUGGUCAAUGAGCUCUCAGUGUUUAUAUCACCUAUCUGUGGAUGUCCUUAGUACCCGUAAAUUAGUGUAUAGUGCCUAAGUACUUCGUUGACCAGGCUUUCAGGCGUGAGUUACUGUACACGUUGCCCUUUUUGAUAAAUUAUCCUCAGUACUCAUCAUCAUUUUGCGAACUCUGCGGACUCCAUUGGAAAUUUGUCUUAUGGUUUUUCCUCGAAAUAAAUCGUGAAGCGUUAAUUUAUGUAUUCUCUGAAGGUUUUAGGACCUAAUUAAAGCCGAGUCGCCACACUUUAGGUUGAUCUUUCAUAUCUGUUGAUCUAUAUAUUUCAGAUGCCGUUUUCCCACUUUACGGAGGAGUUCUUCGAGCUGUGCCGUUACAGCCUGGUCAGUGCUGAGCGAUCACCCUUCCGGGAACGCACAGUUGACUUCAUUGUUCGUUUUGUGAUGCAGGCUAGCAAACAUUCGAACUCGACUUGCGACGAGACUUCAACAAAGAAUCAAUUACUGAUCAAGACCUUCCUGUUUUGCGCCAAGGUAAUUACCCUCUUAUCUCAUCUUAAGUCCGUUGACCAGAAGGGUAAGUCUUAAUGCUCGGCUUUGCAGUAAGUUAUGUUAAACGGGGUAUUUAACCCAGUUGACACCGCCUGAUCCCGCCUCCGGUUUUCACUGUCUUGCCACCGGGUUCUGGUGGGUGAGGGAGAGGGGUGUUGUAGAAGCAGCACAAGUCUGCUAUCACCAUAAACUAAUUCACGCGCAAAUCACUUUCCUUGCUCGACGUUGCUGUGGGGCACACGGUGUGCAUCGUAGGUAACGCCGGUCAAAUUGUCAUGCCAAGUAAAGUAUGUUAACCCAGUUACCUCAGUGGUGGUUUGUGUAGUUAAUUUUUUAGUGUCAUUCCGGGCACCAAUCUGUCUUAUUGGACAUCUUCGAACCAACUGCAGCUCCCAGACGACGCCAACUAAUGUCUCCCCGUCCGCCCCCUGCGUCACCCCCACACCGACAAUCAACAAUGACUGCACUCCUAAGUCCCCACUGCCAUCCUCGAUCGCCUUAACAUCUGCUGCUGCGGCUCCUGCGCCCACCACCACUGCACACAAUCCAGACGCACCGUCGAACAUCAGCCUCAGCACCGUCAACACCAGUGAUGUGGAUUCGGCCCAAAUCUGUCGUCAUUGCGAUCACACCUUCACCUCGCACAUCGGCCUGGUCGAUCACUUUCGAAUCCAUCGCAUAAAGACUGACGAACCUGUGUCUGGCGCACCAACAUACACUCGCCCCAUCCGCCAUCACUGUCCCCGCACACUCAACGCAUGGGCCUUCCUGGUCACAAACGUGAGCGGAAUUCACCGCAGCAUCGACACACCUAGCACACCAUGA